AUGGAUGACACACCGAGAAGGGCGUUGAUACGAAUCGGCUUCUUCGCCGUGUUGAUGCUUCUGCUGGGAAGCAUGCUAGCAAUGGGGUUUACUAUUCCCCUCGCAUUCAUCAUUUGUUUAAGAAAUUGGUGGCUCACACUUUUCUGCUUAUUUGUCGGCUAUCGAAUAUGGCUCACCGAUUUCUUUCAACGGAUUCGCGCCACGAUACGACGAGAUCUCAAGGGACUCUUCCUUCUCAUCACCGUCAAGAGAGAAAUCAAACGACGCCUUGCACAAAACGAGCCACUUCACAAAGUCUUCUUGGAAAAGGUAGCUGCUCAUCCGAGAAAACCAGCUGUCGCUGAAGUUGAGACAGGUCGAACGCUGACGUUCGAGGAGUUGAAUAGACUAGUCAAUCAGUACGCCAAUUACUUUGAUGCUGAAGAAUACAACAACGGAGAUGUUGUUUCACUUUUCCUCGAAAACAGCAUUGACUUCUUUGCGGUUUGGCUAGGACUCUCAAAGAUUGGUGUCGUGUCAGCGUUUAUCAACUCCAACCUCAAGCUCGAGCCACUGGCACAUUCGAUUCGUGUUGCAAACAGCCGAUGUGUCAUCACUUCGACAGCACUUUUGCCAACACUGAAAGCUGCGAUAGCCAAAGACUUGCUACCAAAUGACACGAAGAUUAUGCUAAUCGAUGGUGAGGAUCAAGACGAGUUUACUUCACUCAACAAAGAGAUCAAGGAAAAAGUCGUCUCCGAACAAGAACCACCAAACAAAGGAGUCAAGUUUACAAAUGUUUUGUGCUACAUCUACACUUCGGGAACAACGGGAAAUCCAAAGCCAGCAGUGAUCAAACACUUCAGAUACUUCUGGAUAGCAAUGGGUGCUCAACGGGCUUUUGGAAUUGAGCCGAAGGAUCGAGUGUACAUCACGAUGCCUUUGUACCACAGUGCCGCUGGAAUUAUGGGAAUCGGAAGCGUUAUUGUUGCCGGAACUACAGCCAUCAUUCGAAAGAAAUUCUCUGCGUCGAAUUUCUGGAAGGAUUGUGCAAAAUACGAUUGCACGGCCAGCCAAUAUAUUGGAGAAAUUUGCAGAUACCUCUUGGCACAACCUGAGUCGAAAGAAGAAAAACAGCACCGAGUCCGAGUGAUGUGGGGUAAUGGCCUUCGACCCGAAAUCUGGAAACAAUUUGUGGAUCGCUUCGAAAUCAAGAGAAUCGGAGAGUUGUAUGGAUCGACUGAGGGAAAUUCAAAUAUUGUGAACGUCGACAACCAUGUCGGCUCCUGUGGUUUCUUCCCGAUCUACCCACACAUUAGCCAACUCUACCCAGUGCGUCUCAUCAAAGUUGACGAGCAGACGGGCGAGCUUGUUCGAGGACCGGAUGGCCUUUGUGUUUCGUGCCGUCCCGGCGACACUGGUGAGAUGAUCGGAGUGAUCAAGAAUGAUGACACAUUGCUGAAAUUUGAAGGAUACGUUAACAAGGGUGACACGGCAAAGAAGAUCUAUCGAGAUGUGAUCAAGAAAGGCGAUCAAGUAUUUGCGUCGGGUGACAUUCUCCAUUGGGACAAUUUGGGCUACUUGUAUUUCCGGGAUCGACGAGGAGAUACAUUCAGAUGGAAAGGUGAAAACGUGUCCACCACAGAAGUCGAGGGAAUCUUGCAACCAGUUAUGGAGGUGGCCGAUGCGACUGUUUACGGAGUACAAAUUGGGAAAAUGGAGGGCCGAGCUGGAAUGGCGGGUGUGGUUUUGAGCGAUGGCGUUGAUCAACAGAAAUUCUUGAAAGAUAUCGCCGUUCGAUUGACAUCGAAUCUCGCCAGCUAUGCUGUUCCGGUGUUCAUCCGUUUUCUCAAAGAAGUUGACAAAACAGGUACUUUCAAGUUAAAGAAGCUGGACCUUCAAAAGCAAGGCUACGAUCUGUCGAAAUGCGGCGCUGAUCCGAUUUUUUACUGGAAUGCCGGCGAGAAAGGAUACACGUUGUUGGACGAUUCGAUGCAACGGAAUAUCGAUGAAGGAAUCUACACAAAAUUU